GACAACGGGUACUCUGACAAGAUCACCGUCCUGCCCGCCCUGUCCACCGAGCUGCAGGUGGGCUACGCCUGCCGCGCGGAGGACCAGAGGCGCUCGAUCCCCUGCCGGGCAGACGUCCUGGUCGCAGAGAUCUUUGACACCGGCCUGGUCGGGGAGGGCGUCCUUCCCA